UACAAGCAUCGGUGUGUGCGUAUCUGGCCAGAACACAACACAUCGUCUAUCGUCGUCAGCUGUAAGAAGUGUGCAAGCGAAAACAAUACGCCAGCAUUGUGUGGCAGCAUAAAGAACCUUCUGAUGCGGGCUGCUAACAACGGCCACAUCAUGUAUCGCUGUUGAUUGGCGUUUUACCGUUCGGUUUGAUAUUGAUUCGUAGCAAACGCACUUGUAAAACAGCAUUCUGCAGAAUGUAGAAUCGUGUCAAGUGAUUGCGGGUCGAACAAUCCUUCGUGGCAAGUAUUUCGAGCAAGAAGACAAAAAAAAGAGAAAAUCAAUCAGCCAACGUAGACAAGAAGCGAAACCCCCACACAGAGAGCACGGGCACACAUACUUAUCAAGACAGCAGCAGUAGCAGCAGCAGCAGGGGCAUUACAAACCAAACAGGGGGAAGAGAACCGCUCUCUUUCUACUGCGAUAUACGGGUGAAUGCAAAGGGCCCGCAUACCGUCCACCGGGCGGCAGCAAAGGAUGAGCUCGACCUACCCGAAUGCACCGAUCGGUGUGCGUGUGAUAAGCUACCUGUCCGCGAAACUAUGUCCCCGGUUGCAGAUCAACCGUGUCCUGUGGUUCAAAUGUUCCGUCCUUGGGCUGACCUAUAUCGCCUACACCUGCUACCACAUGACGCGGAAACCGAUCUCCGUCGUGAAGUCGGUGCUGCACCGGAACUGUUCGACCGUCACGCUGCCGCCCGAAUUUGUCACACCGGCGGGCGGCGGCAGCAAUGAUCCGACCGCACCGUCACCAUUCCCAACCGACGGCACCUGGUGCGACUACGCCCCGUUCGACCAGCCCGACUUUAAUUCGCUGCUCGGUGCGCUAGAUUCGGCGUUCCUGUUCAGCUACGCGAUCGCCAUGUUCUUUGCCGGCUUUAUUGCGGAGCGCGUAUCGCUGCGCUACUUCCUGGCGCUGGGGAUGGCAUUUUCGGGCGUGUUUUGCUACCUGUUCGGGCUGGCCAAAGUGUACGACAUCCACGCGCUGUGGUACUUUAUUGCGGUGCAGGCGCUGGCGGGCAUGUUCCAAACGACCGGCUGGCCCGGUGUCGUCACGAUCGUAGGCCGCUGGUUCGGCAAAUCGAAGCGUGGCCUUAUCUUUGGCAUCUGGAACAGUCACACCUCGAUCGGGAACGUGCUCGGUACGCUGAUUGCGGCCCACUACGUCGAACGGGACUGGUCGAUGUCGUUCGUGGUGCCCGGGUUUCUGAUGGGCGUGUGCGGGUUCGUGAUGUUCCUGUUUCUGGUCGAGCGGCCCGAAAUUGUGGACUGCCAGGAGAAGGUGGCCGAUUAUGCGCACCAGCAGCGCGGUUCGUCGACCGGUUCGAGCUACCGCCGGAUGGAAGAUUCCGUGAGCGAUGAGGAAGUUUCGGCCGUCAACACGGAACAGGAUAAUGCUUCAACGCGAAGCUUACGUGGCAGUUAUUAUUCUGAAAUCAACGAACGUACACCGAUCAUUGGAAGCAUCAACCGAGCACCGCCGCAUCAGGAUGCGAUCGGCUUCUUCGGUGCGCUGCGCAUUCCGGGUGUGGUCGAGUUUUCGCUCAGUCUGUUCUUUUCCAAGCUCGUCAGCUACACAUUCCUCUUCUGGCUACCGUUCUACAUACAACACUCUACGUCGAUGGGUGCUAAACUGUCGGCGGAUGUAUCGACCGUGUUCGAUAUCGGCGGUAUUGUCGGUGCGAUCGCGGCUGGCAUGCUUUCCGACGCUAGCGCCAUGCCUGCCACCACGUGCACCGGAAUGCUGGCAAUCGCAGCUCCACUGCUACUUAUCUACCGGUGCUGGGGAAGUGUCUCGCUGUCGGUAAACAUUCUGCUGCUGUUCAUCGUUGGCGUUAUGGUGAAUGGGCCGUACGCGCUCAUCACCACCUCGGUCAGUGCCGAGCUGGGCCAGCACAGUUCGCUGAACGGCAACUCGAAGGCGCUCGCCACCGUAACGGCCAUUAUCGAUGGGACGGGAUCGAUCGGUGCCGCGAUUGGGCCACUGCUGGCGGGCAUGGUGUCCGGGUGGAGCAACGUGUUUUACAUGCUGGUGAUAUCGGACGUACUGGCGCUGGCAAUGUUGCUGCGAAUCAGCAGCAAGGAGUGCUCACGGCGCAACAUCAACCGACGAUACAACGUACGCAUCGAGUGAUAAUAAAGAAUAGGCAAGCAAGCAACGAAGAACGAGGCGCACAAACUCUCCAAAAAGUGGUACGUUUUACGUGUGUACAAUAUUAUUAUGCCAGCUCUCGUUUAGGGUCUCGUGUGUAGAGGCGUGAGGAGGCAGAGAGUCGGAGAGACGGAUGGGUAGUGUAUAUCUUUUAUCAUUAACCCGCCUUAGCAAGUAAGGCUACUAGUGUACGUUUAAUCGGAAAUAAAGCUCUUUACCGGUGGUCUCAUCUUUAAAAAAAUGCUUUCACACGCCGAUCGAU